UGCUGUUGGUUUUCAAUGGGCAGAGAUAGGAGGAUGCGGAACACGACCUGGCAACAACUCGUGUAACAAAAGGAAGUACGCACAGUAAAUGUUAGCGCGUUAAUAAGAGAGAGAUUAACCAAGAGAUACUUUUUAUCACCCGUCUCCGUUUUCUCAUGAGAAUAAUUUCCACCGCGUUCACGAAGAGGAACAAAGAAAAGUUCGGUCUGAAUCCCAACAAGUUGUUGAGCCCUUCUCAUGGCCCUUUGGGGCCCAGGAAGAGGAUGCAUCGUGGUAUGGAUAAGGAUUUCCAGAUAUCAGCAAGGAAGAUGGGCACAUCCUUGCUUUUCCAGCUGUCGGCUCAUGAAAGAGAGCUGGACUUAGUGUUUCUGGACCACAGCUAUGCCAAGCCGUGGAAUGCCCACCCAGAUGCCAGCAGUGCCCGGCCCACAAGGACCCUGUUUGUCACCCCUCGUCGCCAACCCGAAGCUGUGUCAGAAUGUGAUUCUCUAAUUGACGUGGAAACAGUCAGACCAAAACCUACGCCUCUAUAUGACAACCACAAAGCUCUAAGUGUAAUGAAGGAGUGUGAGCGACAUGUCCUGUUCGCUCGCACUGUUGCUGAGAGCCCUCCACCCCCCGAUGACUGGGAGGAACAUUUGAACAAGACUGGAUGGUCAGUGGCCCAGAACAAACUAUUCAAUAAAGUCCUGAAAGCUCUACACGCUGAACGACUUGCUCGUCUGGCCAAUGACAAUCUUUCCAAUGAGCCAAUUCUGCGGAGGAUAGCCGUGGAUAAGUGUGCCAGAAAGGUGCGACAUUCGUUAGCCAGUGUAAACUGGGACACCAAACUGACGCAGUGGUUGCACACCACCAUGAUCGAGUCCUUAAGCCUUGCCAUGCUCGCUGCUUACCUGGAUGUGCUGCAGACUCUCAAAAGCAAGUUGCCGUUGCUGAUUGACAGGAUGUUGAUGCCUUCGGCAAAGACUGGAGCUCCCAGUGCAGAGGCUCUGUCACUGCUGCUGAAACGGCCGUGGGACCCUGCAGUUGGAGUUCUGUCUCAAAACAAACCGAGCAAGCUUUCUGGAUCCCCACUCAUCCUAAUGGCACCAUCAAGCCCAACCUAUCCUGCCCUCUCUACUUCGCGACGGAUGCGAUUCUGGCAAUCACAGCUCUCCUGUUUAGGAAAGGUCAUACCAGUGCACACUCAUGUUAACAGUGGCGCAAAUAUUGGCAUUACCCAGUGUCUGGAGCACAUGUUGGGUACUGUCAGAGCCAAGGUCAUGGAGGUUCACAGUCACUUCCCCCACAAACCAAUUAUUCUGGUUGGCUGGAACGCUGGUGCUCUUAUUGCUUGUCACGUAUCCCUUAUGGAGUAUCUGACUGCUGUUGUGUGUCUUGGCUUCCCCCUGCUAACAGUCAAUGGGCCAAGAGGGGAUGUUGACGAUCCACUGCUGGACAUGAAGACUCCAGUGUUGUUUGUGGUCGGCCAGAACGCAUUGCAGUGUAGUAACGAAGGUAUGGAGGAGUUCAGAGAGAAGCUGAGGGCAGACAACAGCAUGGUGGUGGUCGGAGGAGCUGACGACAACCUCAGAAUCAAUUCAGCUAAGAUGAGAACAGAAGGACUGACGCAGACCAUGGUGGAUCGCUGCAUUCAGGAUGAGAUCGCUGACUUCUUGUCAGGGGUCCUCACUAGGGCAGAGGGCCACGGUCAUGGCUCAGGAGAGAUGAGGGACCUGGACACUGAGAAGAAGAAAAGGCCUCGACGGGAGCUUCCCUUUGACAUGGAGAGAGGACGCCCUUCCUCCCCUGCGCUUCGACUUCCCAUCUCACCAUCAGGUUCAGAGGAUCUGUCUAGCGUCUGUAGCAGCCCCACCUCAAGUCCCAAACCAAAGACAUCAGGUCUGUCUCCAGCACAGAAGUCCAGUCUGAUUACAGCGACGCAGCUCCUCAAGACACACAUGCAGCGCUCUGGCACAGUCCUCACUCACAAGCAGGCUCAAGCUCAGUUUGCUGCUUUUAUGAAACAAAACAUGCUUGUGAGGAAAAAUCUUCCUCCUGGUACUCCUCCUUGUAUCUUUGUGCCAGUGACCAGUGAUCAGAUGGAGGGCCUUGACAGAGAUGAGCCGAGGUCCCAUGGCAAGAGGAGGCAGACGCCAAGCCCCACACCAAGCAAAGCAUCCAAGAGAGCGAAGAUCAAGGUGACCAUUGUUUCCCAAAGCGAGUCAGCAGGGGGCGCCACCAGUCAUGCUGCACAGGAAGCAAGUGUCUCUGGGAAGCCCUUAACAAUGACAGUGGGACAGACUGUGCCUGGAGCCAAGGAACUCUCAGGUCUUCUCACAGGCCAGCGGUCUGGUAGUCUCUCAGAAGUGUCUGGUGCCCUGUCCCCAGGCUCCAGCUCAUUCAGCAGUGUGCAGCCUUGCAUGGUGUCAGGGUCGUCCACACCAGUCCAGGUGCAAGCUCCGGCUACUGCCCAAGCGGCUUCCGCCAGCAGUCUGCUUCAAGGCCUAAGUUUCAGUCUUCAGGAGAUCAUCACCAAAGUUCCUAGCCUGUCGUCCACAGCAGCCAACACAGGCAGCAGCCAGGUGGCUUGUGGGAAGCCCCAGGGUCAGGUCCUGAGCUCUGUCGGUACCAGCAGCAGCACUCUGCUCCGAGCGGUGCCUGUGGUCACCACAGGGGGAGUGGCUAAAACCACCGCCAUUCACCAGCUGCUCACCAAUGGUGGGCUUGCCAAACUUGCCAGCAGCUUGCCCGGCUUGGCACACAUCACCAAUAAGACCGCUGGUAUGUCUCGAACUGCCAAAACCCGACGGCAACGUUGAAUGCCCAGGGUUCAUUCAUCCUUUGUUUUGGAAACACUAGAUCAGGACGUCUGUAGGUCAGGAAGAAAUGUGGUGGUAAAAAUAGAGGAUAGUUCUGUCGACCUGUGUGUGAAGAUAUUGUUCCUUUUAAGAGCCUGACUGCAGUUUGCUGAGUCAGAUGAACAGCCAUACAGCGUCUGAAUUCAGACCAGCGACAUGCAACGUGUUGAGUUCAUGUUUAGAGCGUUAUGGUCGAUGUAAGGUCAGAUUUUUCAUCUUAUGUUUGACACAUGUAGAAACUGAUGUAAAAUAUAAAUGUAUGAGACAAUUUGAUACAGAAGAAUUGUGAUUAAUUUAAAGUCAAUGUCGGUUAAGUUGACCAAACUGCUUUUGUUUGUUCAAGCUGUCAUUUCAUGUGUGUGUUUAUUUAGUUUGCCUCUUCAUGUUGUAACAUUUUGAAAAACCCUUUCUUUGAAUCACCUGCUUAUAAUAUCCAUAAAUAAGAUCUCUGACAGAGAAGUGUUGAAGCAAUAACAGUAUAUUGCAUGACCCAAGAUCUGUUAUUGUUGUCACAAUAAAGACUGGAAUCAAACUCA